GUCAGCAAAGUAGAUUUCUUCAACCAAAUCAUUAGUGUCUGUCCUGUCGACUUCACCAUGAAUCCACUAACGAAGGUGAAGUUGAUCAAUGAACUGAACGAACGUGAGGCCGACCUCGGGGUGAAUGAGUCUGUUUCCUGGCACACUGAGUACAAAGAUAGCGCCUGGAUAUUUAUCGGAGGGUUUCCAUACGAGCUGACUGAAGGGGACAUCAUCUGCGUCUUCUCUCAGUAUGGAGAGAUCGUUAACAUCAACCUGGUGCGUGACAAGAAGACAGGGAAGUCCAAAGGUUUCUGCUUCAUCUGCUACGAGGACCAGAGGAGCACCAUCCUGGCUGUGGACAACUUCAAUGGCAUCAAGAUUAAAGGUCGGACCCUUCGCGUGGAUCACGUUAAAGACUACCGCCCCCCCAAAGACACAGAAGACAUUGAUGAUGUAACCAAACAACUGAGGGAGGAUGGCUGCGCUCCCAAAGUCCAGGAGCCCUCUUCCUCCUCCUCAGAGGAAGACGAGCAGUACACAAUCCCUGUGAAGAAGGCCAAAAAAGACAAGAAAGAGAAAAAGAAAAAGAAGAAAGAGAAGAAGGAGAAGAAGAAGGCUGAGAAAGAGAAAGAGAGGGGGAGCAGGGCACUGCACUCGUCCUCUUCCUCACCUCCCUUUCUUCCUCCUGCCAUGAGAGUCAAAGAGGAAAAGGAGGACUCAGCCUAUGAAAAGUACAACCAGAGGGUGGCGCCACCAGGAGAACAGAACGGGCAGAGAGCAAGGGAGAACGAGAGACUCCGUGGGGAAGAGGAGAGGAGAAGGGAGACAGACAGGGAGAGAGAGGAAGAUAGGAGGAGGAAUCGUGAGAGAGAAGGGGACAGGAGGAGAGAGCCUGAAUUUGAUAGAAAAAGAGAGUUUGAUCGGGACAGAGACAGUGAUAGAAGAAGAGAGACGGACAGGGAGAGAGACAGUGAUAGAAGAAGAGAGACGGACAGGGAGAGAGAUGGUGAGAGAAGACGAGAAACUGACCGGGACAGAGACAACGAUAGAAGAAGAGAGACAGACAGAGACAAUGAUAGAAGAAGAGAGACAGACAGGGAGAGAGACAAUGAUAGGAGGAGAGAGACAGACAGAGAUAGAGAUGGUGAGAGAAGAAGAGAAACUGACCGUGACAGAGACAACGAUAGAAGAAGAGACACAGACAGAGAACGUCCCCGUAAACACUGAAACCAUCUGCGGUAAUCUGAUGAUAAAGCUGUUGGAUGAUGUAAAAACAUGUAAAUGUAAAACGCGUUGCAUCAUUUUCCAGAGUGUUUGUUUAUGACAGAGCAUUGAAAGUCUAAAGUCAUGCUGGCGCCAUCUAGAGGCUGCAGUCUUCAUUACACAAUACACUGAGCAGCACUGGGUGAAAGGCUCCAGAGAGUCCAGUUCUCAGAUGUAAAACGUAACAUUGCUGGAUUCAUAAAGCUGGUAAAGUGAUGCCUUCUCUCAUUCAGACUUUCAUGUUCCCUGCGGCUUCAUUCACAGAUCGCCGGGUUUCUUCAGUUCACCUAGUUCAGUAGAAAAGUGUCAAUCAAAUUGAGCAGGAAAUCACCUAAAUACCACGUUCCCAUCCUCCUUAAAUGUAUUGUUUGAAUGAUUUUUGUAAUAAAACAAAGAAAUGUCU